AACCUCCCACAGACCAUAUCACUCCGUUACUCCACACUGCAGCAAUGCUUCUUUCUCUAAGGUCCCGCUCCCUGCUCUUGCCUCCAUUUAGUGGACACGUCGGCCCCAUUCGAAAGCUCGCUUCUUCUACCAGGAAGCUAGCUACUACUUCAUUCAUACCCACUCCCUUGGAAAUGAAGACCGGAUUUCAUGAGUACAAGGAGGAUCUCGGCAAUUUUGUAAAUGACAUAGCAGGCACCCUUGAGACCUAUAGGGGAGUCGGCGAGUUUGAUGGUCCGGACCCGGACCCCCGGAACAAACAGCUUGAGAUGCAGUGCAAGGAGAAUUUGGAGAUACUUCGGGAUCUGAGGGUAGGCUCUUCAUUCUUAGCCACCACAUUAUUUCUAACGUCCUUCUACCUAGUUUAAUCUUUUGACCGAGAGAGCCGAAAAGAUGAGGUUCAAGGGGGAGUUUAACAUUCUUGGGGCCUUAGGUAUGCCUACAAAAUCGAGUGGUUUCCAGCGCUUAAUAACCUGAUGCAUCAGAAUUCAUCGUUUACAGCGCCCGACUGAAUAAAAGAAUCACAUCAUCCGCAGGUGUGCAAAAAGGAUUGAUUGAGCUCGCCGGCAAGGAGGAAUUCAUAAAGAUUGUUCAGCAGGAAGUUCAAGACCGUGGGCUGAACCUCGAGGAUGUGAUAGCUUGCGUCCCAGGCAUCUAUGAUGAAGUAUCCAAUCGCCCGCAUGAUAACUAUUCCAAGAUUGUUCUCUGGGCACGGGAAUAUACACCGAACCAGGUAGCCGCCCUUGUAGGCUUCCUAAAGAUGCAGAGUAAGUGGCCUCAUGCAUUGGACUGGCGAGAGGAUAGGAACAGGGAUUCUUGGGAUGCAUGCUUGUGUUGUCCUCCCAAACCCAAAUCUACUAAGUAGUUCUGCCAGAACGGCUUGUUGGGCGGUGCAUCAGGGCCAACAUGUUGGAUUGCCUUUAAGGUAUGCGGGUAGAAGGCCCGUUAUAGUGGAUGUACUCAUGAGACCAUUUUUGUAAAUCGAGAUUGCUCCCUGUCUGUAUGCACACUAGAAGCCUACCUUUCUCACCGAGGGUCGUAUCUUAAUGCUCUUUCUCUCUCUGA